UCUUGUUUGGCAUUUUUUGGCUGAUAGGCGAAUAGAGAUAGUCCUCAAAUUUCCAUCCACGUGCAUGCCUUAACUCCUCGGUCAUACCUUUUCAAACAAACACCUCUUCGUUAGAAUCGCCCAAACCAUUCCCUCUCUCCGCUUAAAAUUUUAAAUACUGGCAUAGCGUACACUUCACAAACUCAUACCCAACACAACACAAUCAAAGCACCGAAAAGAUUAUGGAGGAAAUAGAACACAGAACAGUGGAAGUGAAUGGCAUCAAAAUGCAUAUUGCUGAGAAAGGUAAAGAAGGACCCGUUGUCCUGUUCCUUCAUGGCUUCCCUGAACUCUGGUAUUCAUGGCGCCACCAGAUUUCUGCUCUUGGCUCCCUCGGUUACCGCGCUGUUGCUCCAGAUCUCCGUGGUUAUGGCGACACCGAUGCUCCGGCCUCCAUUAGUAGCUACACAAUCUUCCAUUUGGUUGGUGACAUCGUUGCUCUCAUCGACUCACUUGGCGUUGACCGAGUGUUUCUUGUAGCUCAUGAUUGGGGUGCCAUCAUUGGUUGGUAUCUUUGUUUGUUUCGCCCUGAAAGAAUCAAAGCCUACGUGUGUCUGAGUGUUCCGUAUUUACCCAGAAACCCAAAAUUGAAACCUGUUGAUGGCAUGCGAGCUGUGUAUGGUGAUGAUUAUUAUAUCUGCAGAUUCCAGGAACCAGGGAAAAUGGAAGCUGAAAUUGCUAAAGGAAGUUCAGAACUGUUGAUCAAAGCCAUGCUUACAAGUCGUAAUCCUGGGCCGCCAAUCCUGCCCAAAGAAGGCAUAUUAUCUCAUCCCAGCGUUUCAAGUACAAUGCCCCUUCCUUCUUGGCUCACACUAGAAGAUGUUGCUUACUAUGCUUCCAAAUUUGAACAGACAGGAUUCAGCGGUGGUCUUAACUACUACAGAAAUUUCAACUUAAAUUGGGAGCUCACGGCAGCAUGGACUGGAUCACAUAUUAAAGUACCAGUGAAGUUCAUCAUAGGUGAUCUGGAUUUAGUUUACACUUCUUUUGGUACCAAGCAAUACAUCGAGAGCGGUGGUUUCAAGAACGAUGUGCCAAAUUUGGAGGAAGUGGUUAUACAAAAAGGUGUGGCUCACUUCAACAACCAAGAAGCUGCUGAGGAAAUCAGUAAUCACAUUUAUGAUUUUAUCAAGAAGUUCUGAUCUUAUCUCAAUUCUCAAGCAACUAUUCGCUAGAGUUUUGUUUAAUCGUCUUCUAAUAAAUAAUUUAGCAACAAUAUAUGCUUUUCUAUUGCGGAAAUUUGAAGUUAUGCUUUGAUGUCCUUUGCUUUUAAGCAUUUUUUGUACCCUUGAUUGUGCAAUUAUACAGAAGAUGGGUGAAGUCAUGAAAAUGACUUUUUUGGUGAAGUUGUACAAUGACAUCAAAAAUUCAAUCCCCAUAGUAUCAUCAGAUUAACAA